GCGCAGCGCUUGGACAUAGCAGUGCAUAACGGUUGGCAACCACAAUUGGCUAUCCCGUCCGUAAGUAGCAAGGCCCUAGCGAAAAACUACACAGCCGCUUAAAUGAUUCUGCGCGCCAAUCGAGAGAAACACAACCAGUAGUGUCUCCUCAGAGAUAUAGAGUGUACGGAUCUCAAACUCCAAGAACCUUAAACCAUCACCGUUCUUUUCUCUUCUCUUCUUUCUACUCACUGGUUUCCCGUAUUAGGGUUUCCUCUGCAUUCAAUGCGAAGUAAACAACAGAGCAUGGAGACCGGGGAUUUUGGGUAUAGAAGGAAGGAGCGCGUAGCAUUGGUGGCUAUUGUCGUGGUUGCUUCACUCGCCGUCACUUGUUUGCUUGUGGCUUUUAGCUAUUACUGCUAUAUACUUAACAAGCUCUCCAAACGCCCUGAUACCCACAAGAAGGAUAAUUGUGAGGAAAAAGGCAGCACUGAGAAUCUGCAAGUUGCUACUGAGAAAGGACUUCAGGUGUUCACAUUCAGGCAGCUACAUUCAGCCACUGGUGGUUUCAGCAAGUCAAAUGUAGUUGGCCAUGGUGGUUCAGUAUACUGUGGAGUGCUCAAUGAUGGAAGGAAAGUUGCAGUGAAAUUCAUGGAUCAAGCGGGGAAGCAGGGAGAAGAGGAAUUUAAAGUGGAGGUGGAAUUACUGAGCCACCUACGUUCUCCAUAUUUGCUGGCAUUGCUUGGUUACUGUUCGGGUAACAACCAUAAAUUGCUGGUUUACGAGUUCAUGGCAAAUGGUGGACUGCAAGAACAUUUGUAUCCUAUAAGUGGUCAUAAUGCCUUGCCCUUGAGAUUGGACUGGGAAACGCGGUUGCGAAUUGCCCUUGAAGCUGCCAAGGGCUUGGAAUAUUUGCAUGAACAUGUCAGUCCUCCAGUGAUUCACAGAGAUUUCAAGAGCAGCAACAUCCUCUUGGACAAAAAUUUCCAUGCCAAAGUUUCUGAUUUUGGAUUGGCAAAGAUUGGGCCUGACAAAGCUGGUGGACAUGUCUCAACUCGAGUGUUGGGCACCAAGGGAUAUGUUGCCCCUGAGUAUGCAUUAACUGGGCAUUUAACAACAAAAUCAGAUGUCUACAGUUAUGGGGUUGUUCUGUUGGAGUUGCUCACUGGCAGAGUUCCAGUAGAUUUGAAGAGACCUCCUGGGGAAGGUGUUCUUGUGUCUUGGGUGCUGCCUCAGUUGACAGAUAGAGAGAAGGUCAGGCAAAUUAUGGAUCCAGCAUUAGAGGGUCAAUUCUCAAUGAAAGGGGUUAUUCAGGUGGCUGCAAUUGCUGCAAUGUGUGUACAACCAGAGGCUGAUUACAGACCACUGAUGGCAGAUGUUGUGCAGUCACUAGUCCCACUGGUCAAGACUCAGCGGCCAACAUCAAAGGUAGGAAGCUACUCUAGCUUCAAUGCACCCAGGUCCCCUUCAUCACAAGACUCUGGCAGAGCAAGUGCUUGAAACUUACAAAAGCAAGUUGUUCAUCUGCAUGUCUUGUACUUCUGUAGCUAUCUUGGAUUUUAAUGCACUACACCCAUUAGGACAUUUCUGGUCUUUGAUUAUGUGUUAGGAGGAGAAGCUUUAGUCACAUGUUCCGAUUACCAUGACUGAAUCCCUAAUUUUAAUCAAGAAAUUUAGUUGUUUCUCUUA